GCAUCUCAGAUGUGGUGCCUGGGUAGAUUUUUACCGAUGAUUGUUGGAGCUAAAGUUCCAGAGAAUGAUGAGAAAUGGCAGCUAUAUCUAAAGAUGUUGGAUAUAACUGAUAUUGUGUUCUCUCCUGUAACAAGUGCAAAUCAAGCUGCUUAUCUAGCCCAACUAAUAGAAGAACACCACAAAGAAUUUACAGUGUUGUACCCGAACUGCUCUAUCAUACCCAAAAUGCACUAUAUUGUCCACUACCCAAGUGCUAUGAUCAGGUUAGGACCAAUGAUAACACACUGGUGCAUGAGAUUUGAGGCCAAGCAUCGUUAUUUCAAACAACUAGCUACUGCCAUUGGUAAUUACACCAAUCUACCAUGGACAUUAGCUGAACGACACCAGAGUCAGCAGUGUUAUAAUCUCUGCGGCAUACACAAACCUAUUGAGUGUGGAGCAGGUAAACAACAUGAAGCAAGCACCAGAAGCUAUUUCCAACUACUUCAAGGGAAAGAUGUCAACAUAAAUGCCCACUCACUUGUUAAUGAAACAUUGUGGAUUAUAAUAUUGGGAACAAAGUACAAAGUAGGAGCUGUUGUUCAGCAUGGAUUUCUGCAUCUGCUACCAACAUUUUCAGUUAUAAAGAAAAUUGUUGUUGUUGAUGGUGAAUUAAACAGCUGUUUUUUUAUUCUUGAAAGACUACAUACUAUAGAGUUCAAUGAACAUUACCAUGCAUAUAAGGUGGAGAAGCCUAUUGAUAUAAGUUUAGGUAUUUGCACACAAGAAGAACUUGUAUCUUUUAUGCCAAUGCAUUACACAAAUCCU